AUGUCAGAUGGAGGAGACCAUCACCAGCAGAAGCAACCCAAUGGCUAUGGAGAGAAGGUGAAGGAGAGGAAGCGCACAUCCUUAGUUAUUCUUCAGUCCGUUAACCGCAGUAUUUUCACCUCUGCAGUCUCUCCGGCCGCGGAGCGCAUCCGUUUCAUUUUGGGAGAAGAUGACGACAGCCCUGCACCCCCUCAGCUCUUCACGGAACUGGAUGAACUUCUACCUGUGGAUGGACAAGAGAUGGAAUGGAAGGAAACGGCCAGGUGGAUAAAAUUUGAAGAGAAAGUGGAACAAGGAGGAGAGAGAUGGAGUAAGCCCCAUGUUGCCACGUUGUCGCUUCACAGUUUGUUUGAACUGAGAACAUGUAUAGAGAAAGGCUCUAUUCUGCUGGACCUGGAGGCCUCAACACUCCCUCAAGUCGUAGAGAUGGUUGUUGACAACCAGAUUGACACUGGGCUGCUGAAACAAGACAUGAAGGACAAAGUCAUCUACACGCUGCUCAGGAAGCAUCGUCAUCAAACCAAGAAAUCCAAUCUCCGUUCGUUGGCCGACAUUGGAAAGACUGUCUCCAGUGCAAGUAGGAUGUUAACCAACCCUGAUAAUGGUAGUCCAGCCUUGACACCCAGAAACUUGACGUCCUCUAGUUUGAACGACAUAUCUGACAAACCCGACAAGGAGCAGCUGAAGAACAAAUUCAUGAAGAAGUUACCACGAGAUGCUGAGGCCUCCAACGUUUUGGUUGGAGAAGUUGACUUCUUGGAAAACCCUUUUAUUGCCUUCGUGCGGUUACAGCAAGCAGUCAUGCUUGGUGCUCUGACCGAAGUCCCCGUACCGACUCGGUUCCUGUUCAUCUUGCUGGGUCCAAAAGGCAAAGCAAAAUCCUACCACGAAAUCGGCCGAGCCAUUGCCACGUUGAUGUCGGAUGAGGUAUUUCAUGACAUAGCCUACAAAGCCAAAGACAGGCAGGACCUGAUCGCUGGGAUUGAUGAAUUUCUAGAUGAAGUAAUUGUGCUUCCUCCUGGGGAGUGGGAUCCCGCCAUAAGGAUAGAGCCCCCCAAAUCUCUUCCAUCUUCUGACAAAAGGAAAAACUUGUAUGCAGGCGGCGAGAAUAUCCAGAUGAAUGGAGACCCCCCUCACGAGGGAGGAAAUGGAGGAGGGGGACACGGAGACUGUGAAGAAUUGCAACGAACUGGCAAAUUUUGUGGGGGUUUAAUCAAAGACAUCAAGAGGAAAGCUCCUUUCUUUGCCAGCGAUUUCUACGAUGCCUUCAACAUCCAAGCCCUGUCUGCCAUUCUCUUCAUCUACCUGGCAACGGUAACCAACGCCAUCACUUUCGGAGGCCUGCUGGGAGAUGCCACAGAAAACAUGCAGGGUGUGUUGGAAAGCUUUCUGGGCACAGCCGUUACAGGAGCCGUUUUCUGUUUAUUCGCUGGCCAGCCACUUACUAUUCUGAGCAGCACUGGGCCCGUGUUGGUCUUUGAGCGACUUUUAUUUAACUUUAGCAAAGACAACGGCUUUGAUUAUCUGGAGUUCCGUCUCUGGAUUGGCUUGUGGUCAGCCUUCCUGUGUCUGAUCUUGGUUGCUACCGACGCUAGCUUUUUAGUUCAGUACUUCACCCGGUUCACAGAAGAAGGCUUCUCCUCUCUGAUUAGCUUCAUCUUCAUCUACGAUGCCUUCAAGAAGAUGAUCAAACUAGCCGAUUAUUACCCCAUCAAUUCCCACUUCAAAGUGAACGAUAUUACGCUUUAUUCCUGUACCUGCAUGCCACCAGAUCCAGAGAAUAGUUCGUUAAUCAAUGAGACAGUCACGUCAUCGCCGGCUUGGCUUAUGGAACCGCACAACGGAACAACCGAAUGGUCAUCCCUCACCAAGGAGCAAUGUAUGAAAUUUGGAGGAAUGCUGGUGGGGAAUAAUUGCAAAUACGUCCCUGACAUCACCCUCAUGUCUUGCAUUCUCUUUUUGGGAACCUACACCUGCUCCAUGGCUUUGAAGAAAUUCAAGGCCAGCCGUUAUUUCCCAACCACUGCAAGGAAAUUGAUCAGUGAUUUUGCCAUCAUCAUUUCUAUUUUCAUUUUCUGUGGAAUCGAUGCUCUGGUCGGCGUAGACACCCCAAAACUCCUUGUGCCAAGUGAAUUCAAGCCAACAAACCCAAAUAGAAGCUGGUUUAUCACACCGUUUGGAGGAAACCCGUGGUGGGUGUACCUGGCUGCAGCUAUUCCUGCUCUCCUGGUGACCAUCCUCAUCUUCAUGGACCAGCAAAUCACAGCUGUUAUUGUCAACCGUAAAGAGCACAAACUAAAGAAAGGUGCUGGAUAUCACCUGGAUCUCUUCUGGGUGGCUGUGCUGAUGAUCAUCUGUUCCUUCAUGGGCCUGCCAUGGUAUGUUGCUGCUACCGUGAUCUCCAUUGCACACAUCGACAGUUUGAAGAUGGAAACGGAGACCUCAGCACCUGGUGAACAGCCCAAGUUUUUGGGAGUCAGGGAGCAGAGAGUGACUGGAUGCCUCGUAUUCAUUCUGACAGGCGUUUCGGUGUUCAUGGCGCCCAUCUUGAAGUUUAUUCCCAUGCCUGUCCUGUAUGGUGUGUUCCUCUACAUGGGUGUUGCCUCCCUCAACGGAGUGCAGUUCAUGGAUCGCCUGAAGCUGCUCCUGAUGCCUCUCAAGCACCAGCCUGACUUUAUCUACCUGCGACAUGUCCCCCUCCGCCGAGUCCAUCUCUUCACCUUCCUUCAGGCACUGUGCUUGGCUCUCCUUUGGAUCUUGAAGUCCACCGUCGCUGCUAUCAUAUUCCCAGUCAUGAUCCUUGCACUCGUAGCCGUCCGAAAAGGGAUGGAUUAUGUCUUCUCCCAGCAUGAUCUCAGUUUCCUUGACGACGUCAUUCCAGAAAAAGACAAGAAGAAGAAAGAAGACGAGAAGAAGAAAAAGAAAAAGAAGGGCAGCUUAGAUAGUGACAACGAUGAUUCUGACUGUCCGUUCACGGAAAACGUGCCCAGUAUUAAAAUUCCAAUGGACAUCAUGGAACAGCAGCCCUUCCUGAAUGAUGAGAAACCUACUGAGAGUGAGUAG